AUGUCUGAUAGCGAGUCAUUCUCCGAGCGUGAGCCCAAUGCGUUUGAUGAGGAGUCAUCGGAAGGUCUCUUUGACUCCGAUGGUGAAGCGGCAGGGCCUGAUGCCGAGGAUGGAAGUGAUACCGAUGUUGAGAUACUCGGUGAAGGGCCCAGCUCCGUUCCAAUACACGACAUCGGAAAGGGGCUAAUGACCGCUCCGGUGCCGUUGUCCAUUGUUUAUAGCAACGGCCGCCAUGUGGGUCUAGGCAUGCCUGGGGAGGCGAGAGCUAGUGCCAGUCAGAGGCCUCCACUUCCGGCCGUGGAGAGUCCGCUGCCGAACCAUCUCUCCGGCCGAGGGUUUCGGUAG